AUGACAGCCCGGCAUCAGAAUGGCAGCAACACAUAUCCGCCCGUUGCGUCAUCCGAAUCCAGACAUCCUACAAGCAGCCCCGUGCCGUCCCAUCCAACAGUGCGCAAGCUUCUAGGUUCGCGCGGUAUUGCUUCGCUUACGAUCGACACUGGAUCAUUGUCAGCACAAGCUGCAAACAAGAGCGCUACAGCCACAGCUGUGUCAUCGAAUAUGUCCACGCGAGCGUCCGGACACGUUAAACGAGGACGAUGGCAUACGCUCGAGUUCAAAUUCUACUACCUUGUCUUUGCGGUUGCUGUGCCCGUGAUGGUGUAUGUGCCUGUCAGUCUCAGUCGGCCUUCCAAUCCGAACUUCUACUCGUACUCUGGCCAUCUCAAGCCAGGCUGGAUCGCUGGCAGACUGCGUGAUGACAGCGACUUUCAGUAUCGUUCUUUCCGAGAUUACGUGCCAGCAUUGAUCGGCAUCAUGGGCGUCUAUCUGCUGCUCUCCAAGCUUUUUACAUUGCUGCCUUCGUCCGGAAAUGCACAAUAUACCCGCAUCGGCAACAGCAAUAGCAAUAGCAAUAGCAAUAGCAAUAGCAAUAGCAAUAGCAAUAGCAAUAGCCAUAGCCCAGCAGUAGCGGCCAAACCCAACCGAAUCGCAUUCCUCACCGUCUUCACGGCCAUCUUUCUCUUUGCACUGCACGGCUUCAACUCUCUCAAGCUACUAUUGAUUCUCGCGAUCAAUUACGGCUUGACCAAAGCUCUGGGUGGAGCCAGAGUUGCACCAGCUGUAGCUUUUGCUUUCAACAUUGGUGCACUGUUCGCGGUGCACUGGAACGAUGGCUUCGAGUAUAGCCGCAUCUCACCUGCGCUCAGCGUGCUGGAGGUGUUCAAAGGGCUCCUGCCUCGGUGGCAGAUCAACUUCAACAUUACCAUGCUUAGGCUGGUAUCGUUUGCCAUGGACUACCACUGGGCGAAGCGCGAAGCGGAUGCGGGCGGACAAGCUGGCAGAGGAAUGAGCGAGGUGGUGCGAGAGGAGAGGGAGGCGACGUAUCGGGAGCGUACGAGGUUGACGCAGCAUUUGGAAGAGUACAGUGUGGGCAAGUAUCUGCUUUAUGCCUUGUACCCGCCGUUGUUCAUUGCCGGACCUAUCAUGACGUUCAACGACUUUGCUAGCCAGCUUGGUCGACCGUGUCGCAUCGAGACGGGUACCGUGGUGCGGUACGCGAUCCGAUUCGUCGUGUCGCUGAUGACGAUGGAGCUCAUCCUGCACUUUAUCUACGUGAAUGCGAUCAAAGACUCGAAAGCUUGGGUCGGAGCUACGCCCCUGGAACUUUCCAUGAUCGGUUUCUGGAACCUGAUCAUUGUCUGGCUCAAGCUUUUGAUUCCCUGGCGGUUCUUCCGACUCUGGGCUAUGGCGGACGGCGUCGAGGCGCCGGAAAACAUGGUACGAUGCAUGGCCAACAACUACUCGACGCUCGGAUUUUGGCGAUCGUGGCAUCGGUCGUACAAUCUGUGGAUCGUGCGGUACAUCUACGUGCCACUGGGAGGGAGUCGCAAUCAGAUGGCCUCGACGCUGCUUGUCUUCACCUUUGUAGCGCUGUGGCACGACCUCAGUCUAAAGCUACUGGCGUGGGGCUGGUUGAUCACGUUUUUCAUUGUACCAGAGGUUGUGGCUCGCAAAGUAUGCUCGUACAGCGAGUACGGCGAUCGAUGGUGGUUCCGACACCUGGCUGCAGUGGGUGGAGUGGGCAAUGUGCUCAUGAUGAUGACAGGCAACUUGGUUGGAUUUGCUAUUGGCACAGAUGGCAUGCGAUACAUGGUCGAGCAGCUGCUUGGGAGUACGCAAGGCGUAAGAUUCAUGCUGGGCGCAUGCGCUACAUUGUUCGUCGGUGUUCAGGUCAUGUUUGAGUAUCGCGAGGAGGAGUUGCGGCGUGGGAUCGACCGCAAAUGCUGA